CCCUUCUUAUUGGGCGUUGCCUUGCUGACUAUAUAUUGCUGAAUAAACUUUCAGUGAGCCCCCACACUCGUCACCGAACCACAUCCUACACAUUUCUGCUCAUUUUCUGCACCUCUUUCUGCAGCAAUGACUGACUUGGAGAAAUGCAUGGAGUCACUGAUUGUGAUAUUCCACCGCUAUGCUGAUGAAGACGGUGAUGGAAAGACCUUGACCAAAAAGGAACUGAAAAAACUGGUUGAGAAGGAGCUACCCACCUUCCUGAAAACUCAGAAUAACCCCAAAACUGUGGACCAUAUCCUGAAGGAUCUGGACCAAAACAAAGAUGAUAAGUUGGACUUUGAAGAGUUUCUUCCCCUCGUCGCUGGUCUUUCAAUGGCCUGUGAGAAGUGUUACAUGCUCCAUCAAAAGAAGGGCAAGAAGUGAAAGGGAAAUAAAAAUGUUGAUUUUUUUUAUAAGAAAAUUUUGUAGCACAAAUGUAUGCCAGACUAACAAGUAAAAACAACCUUUGACAAGA